AUGGCAUCUCUAUCUGAGGAUGAAACUGAAUUGAAACUGAACAUUUUUUUCCCAUCCCUCCCUAUCCAAAGAUGCAGGGGAACGUACGAAAUGGACCUAAAAGGGUGCAGAAAGAGCAGCCACGACUGCAACAAAAAAUCAAGAGGCCACCCUAGUCUACUGCCUGGAGUGUUUUGCCUCUUUUGUGAACAUGGUAUCUGCUAUGGGUAUGAGCUGAUAGAAUCCAAUGAAUCGCCAAACAUCCCAUUCACUCUCCUUUUGACAAGAUUUAAGAAAGCUCCAUCCACUGUCAUCUAUGACAAUUCUUGCAAGCUGCACACCUACUGCUUGAACCGUUAUCCCGACUUUUUUAGAGGAACGUGGUUUUUAGUCGACCGGCUGCACUGGUUCAAUCACAGAGGCUGCAAUGAUGGCUACAAUAUAAAUGAGUAUGCCCAGUUCAGCAGUCUUAACAGUCAGGCAGCUGAGCAGUGCAACAGCUCACUUGGUAAAUUGAAGUCAAUGCUGUCGUACAUGACAAACAAAAUUUUUCACUUGCAUUGUAAAUUUUACUUGUGGGUUUUGAACUUAAGAAAGCAACUUAAAGCUGACAUUUAAGCAUAAAUUCACUAUUGUGCAUCUGAUGUAUGCUAUUUUAUGCCACGUACAAAAGAAACAAAUAAUGUAUAAAAUCUGCGCAGAUAUGCUUUUUAUACCCCCCGCAAACGAAGUUUGGGGGGGUAUAUAGGAAUCACCUUGUCCGUCCGUCCGUCUGUCCGUCCGUCCGUCCGUCCGUCCGUCCGUCCGUCUGUCCGUCUGUCUGUUCGAUUCGUGUCCGGUCCAUAUCUUUCUUAUGGAGAAACAUUAGAAGUUCUUACUUCACACAAAGAUUGCUUAUGACCUAAGGGUGUGUCAUGACCUUGUACCAAGGUCAUUUGGGCAAGGUCAAGGUCACUGGCAGAAAAAGUGCAAAAUUCGUGUCCGGUCCAUAUCUUUCUUUUGGAGAAACAUUAGAAGUUCUUACUUCACACAAAGAAUGCUUAUGACCUAAGGGUGUGUCAUGACCUUGAACCAAGGUCAUUCGGGGAAGGUCAAGGUCACCAACAGAAAAAGUGCAAAAUUCGUGUCCGGUCCAUAUCUUUCUUAUGGAGAAACAUUGGAAGUUUUAACUUCACACAAAGAUUGCUAAUGACUUAGGGUUUGGCAUGACCUUAACUCAAGGUCAUUCGGGCAAGGUCAAGGACACUGACAGAAAAAAUUGCAAAAUUCGUGUCCGGUCCAUAUCUUUUUCAUGGACAAACAUUGGAAGUUCUUACUUCACACAAAGAUUGCUUAUGACCUAAGGGUGUGUCAUGACCUUGACCCAAGGUCAUUUGGACAACGUCAAGGUCAAUGGCAGAAAAAAGUGCAAAAUUCUUGUCCGGUCCAUAUCUUUCUUCUGGAGAAACAUUGGAAGUUCUCAAUUCACACAAAGAUUGCUUAUAAGCUAAGGGUUUGUCAUGACCUUGACCCAAGGUCAUUUGGGCAAGGCCAAGGUCACUUGCAGAAAAGUAUAAAACUCGUGUCCAGUCCAUAUCUUUCUAAUGGACAAAUAUUGGAAGUUCUUAAUUCACAUCGAGAAUGCUUAUAACCUGAGAGUAUGUCAUGACCUUGACCAAAGGUCAAUUGAGGAAGUUCAAGGUCAUUGUUUAAAAAAAUCGGGCUCAAGAUACCAAUAAUUCAAAAUGUUUAUAUUAAGUGGCUGCUUGACAUGUGGAAUUUCGUUUGAUUCGAGUCAUGUUUGUUAACAUAAGGAUGCAAAUGUCCUCAUGCAUUAACAGUUAACUUGAACUAAAAUGGAAUUUAAAGAAUAGAAAUUAGUUUGUGUACUCAUAUAAGCAUUAACAGUUUUAAAAAAUAGAGCAGUUGUUAUUUAUAGAAAAUGGACGAUGAAAUAGAUUCAUUCAAUAUUUUCUAUAAUAGAAAAAAUACAUGAGUUAUGAUUUUUCUUAGCGGGGGGUAUCAAUUGUGAGCUUGCUCACAGUACCUCUAGUUUUGCCAUGCAGGAUUUUAUCACGGUUGUAUACGCUUCAUUUAAAACUUUAUUUUGAAACUAAGCAGCGGAUAUGUAAUGUAAAAGAAGGAAAACAUUGAGAUUCAAAACAAUGUGAAAAAAUGCAUAUAAUUUGAUUUAUUGCGCUAUUCUGAAUAGCUUAAUUACGCUAUUUUUUCAAGCUACAUGUAUAUAAAUCAGGAGGUAGUGCUGGACCUGACACUAUUAUACACUGUUUAAUAUAGACAUCAUGAGACAAUUAACAGAUUAAGCAUCUGUGUUGUUUGGUUUUUGCCAUUGUUUGCAUGUGCAAUUAAAUUCUUCCU